CUUUCCUGACAGCCCGAGUACUACCACGCCCCGCCAAACCUUCUUUAUCCUUGGACGUCCUGACCUACAUCGUCCUUUGCCCGCAUCGCUCUCUUCACACGUGCGAUCGCCUGACGCUCGUUUCCCUCCCAGCGCACCCACUGCGCCCACCACCCACUCAUGCGGCCCCGGUUCUAUCGAUAACGCAGCGGAGAGGGCAAUGCAACGCCCCAAGCUUUCACCUUUGCAGUCGAGACUGCUCGCAUACCUCGUCGCUAGUAGCGCCUGUAUCGCACUAUGGACGCCUUCGCUACCUCUUGUCCACGCCGCCGAAGUUCUUGCGACGCCCGAUCACGACGCCUUUGACAGCCUCGCGCUGCACGCCUUCACCAGCGAAGAUACGCCAUCCAUUGAAGAUGGGGGGUACGAUCGAGCAGAGAGCGAUGGCUACGAGCCGGAGUUCAGCUAUCUCGACCGGAGCCUGAUUGGACGGCAGACAGAAGCGCCAGAAUCGCUCACCAACAACGAGAAGACUGAAAAGGACAUCGACCCGGAACAGACAAUACACUUCGUGUUCGAGAAGGGUCAAUUGCGCCUGAGGAGUGUGCUUGAUGUUCCCUUGGAUGCUCUGGAAGCACGGGGAGCAGAUAACGUCUCUAACGAAGCUGGCUUGGAAGAUGCAAAAGUCCCUGGAAAGAAGGGUGACAUCGGGGACGAUGAGAUGGGAGAGCUGGCAAAGCGACAGGCCGGCAGUAGUCGCGUCUGGAUAACGGCCAACACUUGCCGCCAGCCUAUGCCGAACGGAGACGCGAAGGAGGCAAGGAAGAACCACCCGCAGCUGGUCAUGUACGUUUCCACGUCACCGCGCAACAAGCAGCCAGGCCCAGAUGCGACGCAAGAUACCCUCACCAACAUUACGGGCGUGCUCUUCGAUGGUGGCUACGCCAGCUUCGAGCUCAACACCACCUCGGACGUAUACAUCGGCAUCGGAGCGCCCAAGCUCGAGGAAGAUUGGUUUGGGAGCUGGCACUUUGAACUCGCCGCAAGCACAGACGGACCUUACCAUAGCUACGACGACGAGACACCUUUCCUCUACAUGGUCGACACAGAUAGCGAAUCGACGUUGUUCAUAACAUACGACAUGGGCGACUCCAACGAUACUACGGAGGUCGAUAGAUGGAGGGAGCAGAACCCCUUUCAUAUGUACGCCUUCCCGGACGGCGAAUGGACUCCAGUCACAGGGCUAGAACGCUCAUACUGCGCGCUCAAGGAGCAAUUCAACGUGAACGCGACAAGGAACUUCACCAUCGACUCAAGCAUCACGACCAAGUUCAGGAAGAUUAGCGGGGACGACAACAUGCCCAAGACUCAGUUCCACGUAAGGAAUCUGCAGACCGCGAAGACAUACAAUGGGUUUGUGGUCAUCGAGGGAAGCCAACAGCCUCUCACCAUUCCUGGCACGGGCACGACAAGAGGCGGAGGCAGGGUCUUUCAGGCUUUCAACUGGACUACCAAAGCCGAUGACUCCUGCCAGGUGCUUUUCGAUCUCGAAUUCUGCGACAUGGUCGCCUACGCCGUUCCCUCCAACACGAACUUCAAGCUCAACGACUCCGCUCUCGCCGAAAUCUAUGAGAACAAAGCCCGCGAAUACUACGACAGCUUCAACAAGUCUUUGGCGCAGGUGGCUUGCGAUACAGUCUCGGAAGCGCAGUACUCACUAGCUGUAACGUGUGACGACUGCGCGAGGAACUACAAGAAUUGGCUGUGCAUGGUCCAGAUGCCUCGGUGCGAAGACUGGACCGCGUCCGACUCUUCUCUCGUACCGCGCAACAUCAAGACGCCCUUUGCCAACGGCUCCCUCCCUGAUAUGAUACCUGGUUUCAAUGACAGCGCUGCCUUUAGCCGAUCCCGCAACCCAAUCAUCGACGAGGACAUCAGCCCUGGCCCAUACAAAGAGCUGAAGCCUUGCGAGGACAUGUGCUUUGAUAUUGUGCGCAGCUGCCCGGCGCAGCUUGGCUUUGCAUGCCCGAAUGGCGCGCAGAGGGAUAGCAUGUAUGGGAGGAGAGACGAGAACCCGGACAGACUGACGUGCAACUUCCCUGGCGCAGUGGUGAAAUUGAAUGCAAAGGGUGGCGCAGGUAUGCUGGGUGUGCAUCUACCCGCCAUUGCAACUGUCAUUGUAUUGGCCACAGCGAUGCUAUGGGUCUAAGACACACGGUUUCGUCACGCCGUCUCCUUAUAGACAUGUAUUUCUAGU